UCCCGAUCCCUUUCUGCAUCCCGUGGGAUGAUGGAGACACCCCCAGGAGCCCCCCGGCAGGCCUGGGAGAGCGAUGAGGAUUCCAAUGGGAGCACCUCCUCACUGGAGGCCUGUGAGGAGUCCCCAGUUCUGCUAUUGAAGCCUCAUGCCAGCUGGUUACCAGUGUAUGAACUGGAGCAGGACAAGGUGGACCUCAUCGAGGCCUUUGACAACACUGCAGCCGUGUCUGAGCAGGAGAAGGUUGAAUUCCUUCGGAGCAUUUGCCUCCUGCUCUACACCGCCAGGCGCCGCGGCUUGAAACAGGGGCUGGAUACCUUCUGCAAGAACAACCAGCUCGUGCAGACCAUCCAGGCAAUACUCCAAGAGCAGCCUGUCACCGAGGUACACACGGAUGUGUGGCACCUCGCCAUGGAAGCCGUCGUGGAACUGAGCUCAGUGCAGCCAGGGCUUGAGGACCUGGGGACAAGCUUCGCAGAGAUCUGUUGUAUGAGCAUCUUCUUCCUGCCUCCAGAAGAGGAGUUCUCGGAGGUGGAGACCUUCUACUAUGAACAUGCACUGGAAGCCAUGGAUGGCAUGCUCAAGAGCCUGGUUGUCAACUCUGCAGACCCCGAGGCCGGCGAGGAGCUGAAGAGCAUCCUGCAGCUCCUGCUGUGCUUCAGCUGCAACCCCAGCAGCACUGUGAGGAACCGGGCCCUGGGCAGGAUCAAGGCCCUGAGCCGGGUCCUGCGACUGCGCCACUACACGCUGAAGAAGCCGUUCCUGGCCCAGGGAAGCCACUUCAGCCGCCUGGACCCAGAGCAGCUCCUGGGCCAGCUCCUGGGCCAGUUCCUCCUGUUCCGGUUCAGCGAGGACGGGACCAGCAACACGGCCCUGGAUGUGCUCCGGAACAUCUACAAGUACCUGAUGCAUCACAGAGAACGGCGAAAGCAGAAGCAAGUGGAAGAGCGCAGAUUGGAAUUAGACGCAAGCCCCCGAGUACUCACUAUGAAGUUUGCAGUGCUCCUGUUCCCACGGGAGCGGAUGGAGAUGGUCUGUGUGCUCAUUGAGGCCAUGAAGGACUCGAGCAUCUUUGACAAGAGGGUGGCAGAGAACAUCCUGGAGCUGGUCCUGCGUGACCCUGACUUCUGGCUGCUGGAGAUACCCAGCGUGGUGAGGAGCAUCCAUGAAUGCCUGAGGAACAGCAGCAUAGAAGAGAUGUGGAGGAUGGAUGAGCUCAUCACCCUCAUGGCCAUCAAGUAUCCCAGGGAAUUGAUUGUCACCAUGGUCCUCAACGUGCCCUUGAGAGAGAGCUCCGACCUGGUCAUGUGGGACAUGGUCCUGAGCAUCUCUGAGCCCAUAGAAACCCUGCAGGAGCUCCUGGGAAUGAUCGAGCCCAGGGCCUCCGAUGCUGGGGGGGCCGAGGGCCCCCAGGGGGUGGUGACCGUGGCUACACUGAUGGAAAAGCUCUUGAGGCUCUCAAAGGAAUGCAGAUUGGCAAGGAAACUGCAGCAGCUCCUGCCCCACAUCCUGGGCAGGCUCUGGGAUGUCACAGAGAAGCUCCAGAUAAAAGGCCUGCUCAUCCUACAGAAUGUGAUGAAGCACCUCUCGAGGGAGGAGGCCAGCCCCAUUGCCGUGGGGCUGGUGCAGGACCUGCGGCCCUUCUUUGAUGCAGGAUGUGAGCGGCUCCGGGCGCUCUCCAUCCGCUUGGUCUGCUUCCUCCUGGAGAUGAUGCUUGGUUGUGACUGGAGGAGGAUACGGAGCAAGACUUGGGAUCUGCUGCUCCCUGUCUUCUUCCAUCUAAAUGACAAAAGCCACAGCGUGGUCAAGGCUUCCCGGAAAGCUCUCUUUGCUGUGGCGACGCUCCUGGGAUGGGAAGACCUCCAGCACCUAUUGGAGACCAAGCAGAUGUGGAGGGUUAUGGAAUGCUUGGUGAAGCGGAGCAGGAAGAGGAUGCAGGCAUGCCUGCACCACAGCCUGCAGUACCUGCGGGAUGCUCAGGUCCCCCUGCGAGAGGCAGCCGUCAGGUUCAUUGGAUUGGCUGCGCGGCCCCUAAGAGGGGAAAGCUCUGGGACGCUGGAGGAGAUCUGCAGAGCCCUGGAAGUGCUGAUGGAAGAGGCCGAUCCCGAACUCCGUUCCCUGACGGCUCAGACCCUGCUCAUCCUCCGGAGCACACCGGAGCAGCAGAGCCUGGGAUGCAGCCUGUGGGCGCUCUGGUGCUGGGAACGGCGCAGUUUUCCUUAGGGAAGAGGAUGGCAGAGACAAACCUGGACCAAGGAGCUCCGGAGCCCGAAGGUUCCCAUUCCCUGCUCUCCAUCUCCAUCAGCAUCCAGGCAGCACGGACUCCAAACCUUAUCCCGUUAUCCCGCAAGGAAGAUGCAGGGAUUCCUUCCGGGCUUCCGUGGAUCAGGAAAGGGGACGCUGCUGCGGAAGGAAACGGUGUUCCCAAAGGAGUUUGGUCCAUUAUUUACACACCAUGUAACAGGAUGGAAUAAUGAGGAUUUACCAGAUGUGCUCAGUAUACUUGUC